ACCUGCAAAUUGAGGAACAGGAACUAAAAAAACACAGCACAGAACUGGAUGUGAAUCAGGGAAUAGAAACAGAAUCGGUUUCUCACCUGGGGAAAAAAAUUCUGACACUUAUUUUCACGUAUCUUUACUGUGUUGCAGAUCAACUUCAAACUCAAGAUUGAUGUGGCCCUGAACUCGGCAUCAUGGAUCAGAGUGAGGAGCUGAAAGAAGGAGAAACUCAGAGCAAAGCUAAGAGCAAAUCUGACGAUGAAGUGGAACCAGAAUCCUGGGAGAACAUGUCCAAGCGGGAUCUCAUUGAUUUUAAAUCAAACCAGCCUUCAUCUAGAAAGAGAGUUCAGCACUCACUGCCCAGCUGUUCAUCUGGACAUCUGUCAGAAAUAGACCAACCUCCUUCUCCUGAGAGAGUGAAGAAAAUCUCAGAGGUUCCUAGUGGUCAGUCUCCCCAACAGCAACAUAUAGAGCUGGACUCCAUAUUUAAGGAUCUAAAAAAGAAGAUUUUCACCUUUGAGGAAAAUGAGCUGAAAAAGAUCCAAAUGGCUCUGGGUUCAAAUUACCCAGAAGGUUUAGAUGAGAAUAAGGAGGAGCAUGAAGUUUCAGAGGGUGAAGAUAAACAGCAGAUGAACAGCAGCAGAGAAGCAUUUGAGAAAAUCACACAGCACUUCCUGAGGAUGAUGAACCAGAAGGAGCUUGCUGACCGUCUUCAAAGCAGAUCAUUCACCACCUGUCAACAAACACUAAAGUCUAACAUGAAGAAAAAGUUCCAAUCUGUCUUUGAAGGAAUCGUAAAAUCAGGAAAUCAAACCUUUCUAAAUCAGAUCUACACAGAGCUCUACAUCACAGAGGGAGGAUCUGAAGAGGUCAAUAAUGAACAUGAGGUCAGACAGAUUGAAUCAGUGUCCUGGAAACCAGACAGACCAGAAACAGCAAUAAGACAUGAAGACAUAUUUAAACCCUCACCUGAGAGAGAAGAACCAAUAAAAACAGUGAUGACAACAGGAGUGGCUGGCAUUGGGAAAACAGUGCUGACACAGAAGUUCACUCUGGACUGGGCUGAAGACCAAACUAACCAGGACAUCCAGUUCAUGUUUCCAUUCAUGUUCAGAGAGCUGAAUCUGUUAAAAGACCAGCAGUUCAGCUUAGUGGAGCUUGUUCACCAGUUUUUUAGUGAAACCAAAGGAAUCUUCAGAUUUGAAGAGUUAAAAGUUGUGUUUAUCUUUAAUGGUUUGGAUGAAUGUCGACUUCCACUGGACUUCAAGAAAAAUGAGAUCCUGACAGAUGUAAGAAAGUUCACCUCAGUGGAUGUUAUUCUGACAAACCUCAUCAGAGGGAACCUGCUUCCCAAAGCUCACCUCUGGAUAACCACAAGACCUGCAGCAGCCAAUCGGAUCCCCACUGAGUUUAUUGGUAUGAUGACAGAGAUCAGAGGAUUCACUGAUCAACAGAAAGAUGAAUACUUCACCAAAAAAUUCAAAUAUAAGAAGCAGGCCAGAAUGGUAAUUUCCCAUAUAAAUAAAUCCAGAAGCCUCCACAUCAUGUGCCACAUCCCAAUCUUCUGCUGGAUCACUGCUACAGUUGUGGAAGACAUGUUAAACAAGAAAGAUGGAGAAGAGCUGCCAAAGACCCUGACUGAGAUGUACAUCCACUUCCUGGUGGUGCAGACCAAACUGAAGGUCAUCAAGUAUGAUGGAGGAACUGAGACAGAUUCAAUCUGGAGUCCUGAGAACCAGAAGAUGAUCGAGUCUCUGGGAAAACUGGCUUAUGAGCAGCUGAUGAAAAGAAACCUGAUCUUCUAUGAAUCAGACCUGACAGAGUGUGGCAUCGAUAUCACAGCAGCUUCAACAUGCUCAGGAGUUUUCACACAGAUCUUCAGAGAAGAGAGAGGUCUGUACCAGGACAAGUUGUUCUGCUUCGUUCACCUGAGUGUUCAGGAGUUUCUGGCUGCUCUUCAUGUUCAACUGACCUUCAUCAAAUCUGGAGUCAAUCUGAUGGUAAAUGGUGAAAUGAAAUCCAAGGAUUUGGAAAAAAGAAACCAUGAAUCUCCAGAGACAGAAAUGUACAAGAGUGCAGUGGACAUGGCCCUAGAGAGUCUAGAUGGACACCUGGACUUGUUCCUCCGCUUCCUACUUGGUCUUUCACUGGAGACCAAUAAGUGUCACUUCAGAGGCUUUGUGGCACAGACAGAAGAUAGUUUAGCGGUUAAUAAAGACACAGCCCAGUACAUCAAGGAGAAGAUAAAUAAUGAUCUAUGUGUUGAGAAAAGCAUCAAUCUGUUCCACUGCCUGAAUGAACUAAAUGAUCAGUCGCUGGUGGAGGAAAUCCAACAAUCACUACGAACAGGAAGUCUUUCAAUACACCAGUUGUCUCCUGCUCAGUGGUCAGCUCUGCACUACAUCCUCCUGUCAUCAGACAAAGGUCUGGAGAUAUUUGACCUAAAGAAAUACUCUGCUUCAGAGGAAGCUCUUCAGAGACUGUUGCCAGUAGUCAAAGCCUCCAGCAAAGCUAUACUGAGUGGUUGUAACCUCUCAGAGAGAAGCUGUGAAUCUCUGUCCUCAUUGCUCAGCUCAACAUCCUCUAGUCUCAGAGAUCUGGACCUGAGUAACAAUGACCUGUCAGAUUCAGGAGUGAAGCUGUUGUGUGAAGGACUGAUGAGUCCUAACUGUGAACUGGAGAUUCUCAGACUCAAUGGAUGUAACCUGUCAGAGAGAAGCUGUGAAGCUCUGUCCUCAGUUCUCUCCUCUCAAGAUUCUCGCCUUAAGGAUCUGGACCUGAGUAACAACAACCUGGGCGACUCAGGAGUGAAGCUGCUCUGUGACGGACUGAAGAGUCCAAACUGUAAACUCGAAGUUCUGAGACUGAGUGGGUGUAACCUCUCAGAGAGAAGCUGUGAAUCUCUGUCCUCAUUGCUCAGCUCAACAUCCUCUAGUCUCAGAGAUCUGGACCUGAGUAACAAUGACCUGACAGAUUCAGGAGUGAAGCUGCUGUGUGAAGGACUGAUGAGUCCUAACUGUGAACUGGAGAUUCUCAGACUUUCAGGUUGCCUGAUCACAGAUGAAGGCUGUGCUUCUCUCGCCUUGGCUCUGACUAAGAACCUGUCUCACCUGAAGGAGCUGGACCUCAGCUUCAAUUGUCCAGGAGAGGCAGGAAUGGAGAGUCUAGCAGCUAUACUGAAAAAUCCAAGCUUUAAAUUGGACUCUCUCUGCAUGGAGCCUGCAGGAGACACUUGGUUGGUACCAGGGCUCAGGAAGUAUUCCCGUCCAUUAACAGUCGACCUGAACACUGUAAGCAAAUUUCUCAAACUCUCUGAAGAAAACAGGAAGAUAACACGUGUGGAAGAGGAGCAGCCGUACCCUGAUCAUCCAGACAGAUUUGAUUCCACUCAGUUGCUGUGCACUGAUGGUCUGACUGGUCGCUGUUACUGGGAGGUGGAGUGGACUGGGAGGGUCUACAUAUCAGUGAGUUAUAGGGGAAUCAAAAGAAAGGGAGACAAUGACGACUCCUGGUUUGGCUAUAACGAUAACUCCUCGAGUAUAAUCUGCUCAGAUAAUGGUUACACCAUUUGGCUCAAUAGUGAAAAAAAAGCUUUCAUCCCUGUUCCCUCCUUCUCCUCUCCCUCCUUUGUCUCUGACAGAGUGGCCGUUUAUGUGGACUGUCCUGCUGGGACUCUGUCCUUCUACAGAGUCUCUUCAGAUGCACUGAUCCACAUCUACACCCUCAACACCAAAUUCACUGAACCUCUUUAUCCUGGAUUUGGAUUUGAGUACAGGACAGGUUCUUGGAUGUCUUUGUGUUGACUUUAAGCCCCCAAGCUUUAGUGAUUAUCAUUAUUCAUCUUGACUAAACUUUCACAAUAAAUAUAAUGUAUUUUUCCAGACUUUUAGUCGUUCCAGAGGAUAAACCACAUCAAUCAAAAAAUAUUAUCACACAGAAGUAAAAAUCCAACCUGACCCGGGCUGAGCUUGUACACAUUAUGUCCGAGCCCGACCCGACUAACUUUGUUGGCCCAAAUUAAACCUAAUAUAUUAUCUUACUUAAGAUUUUGUUAUUUCAUUUUUAGAUUGUAAUUUGAUUGUAGCAGUGUACAUUCUGCUGUUUUCAGCUUUUGCUAAACAUCUUUCAGCUCCAUGUUGUUGCUUGUUGUAACCUCAGGAUGAGUCAAGUGCAAAUCAUCUGGGAUGUUUCCAACAGACUAAACUGUUGAGUUUAGCUUGAAAGUCAGAGCACCGAUGUCUGUGCUCUGAGAGGCGCUUGCAUUGCAUGAAGCGGUAACAAGAAGGCUGUUACUGCUCAUUUCUGCACUACCAGGGUGUGGAGAUGUAGCUCCACCAUUGACAAGCCUCUUCCAUCAACACGUUUUUCAAAAACCCAUCUGUGGACUCAUUUCUCAGGCUCUGGCCAUCUUGCUUUCACUCCGGAUUAGCUUUCUCCACAAAUGGUAACAUUAACUCCUCAGUUCAUGUCCGUCAGUAUAAUAUUUAACACAUAAAUGCAUCAUAAAGAGGGAAAAGGUGGCACCUGAUUAUUAGUCGCAGGACCACCAAACUAUGAAAAAAAGUGUGAUAGUUUGAAAAAUAUAUUAAAAAGGAAACUGAACUUUGAUCUUUAAAAGACAAAAACUGAUCAAUCAUUCAAUAAAUUGGCAGCUGUUAAAAACAAGCCAGUCUUUUCUUCCUAUUAAUCCAUCCAUCCAUUUUCUAACACCAUUGUCCUUAUGGGGGUCGGGAGAGGUGCUGGUGCCUAUCUCCAGCGAAUGUUGCUCCAGCAUGGUGCAUUGUGCAUAUCAUUCCCAUUUGGUGGAUCUAUAUUGUUACUAUUGGCUGAACAGUGAGUACACACUAUGAGUCCUCCUUUACCCUUAGGGACAACACACUGUUGGCACCAGAGCCGACUUAAAACUUUGACUUCUGUUGGGUUGUGACAAAUCUGGAAAUAAUAAUUCCAACAUGAUAGUUGGAUAGUUGAUUCGUCCAACUAAUAAGUGAAAAAUUAGUUCUACUAACACUUUUUCUUCCUUCUUUGCCAUCCUUUCACAAUGACACUACUACUGGUAAUACAUCUGCUCUCAGAUGUUGCAGAGUCUGCAGCUUCUUUGAAAAGGGAUUAUAAGGAAAUGGGGAAAAAUACUGCUAGAUUCCUCAUGUUCUCUCGGUUUUGUUUUUUCAUCUUUAAAGAGAACAAAAGAUAUAUUUUUAUAGUGAAGCAUCGUAAUCUAUAGUUGCUUAAUUCUACACUUUAUUUCAAUGAUUGUUUGUUAAAAUCCUGUAAGCACUUUGAGAUUUUUGUGUUAUUCUGCAAAUGAGAUCCUUUCACUUUUGUGCUUGAAUUGGGUUUUUUUCUGUUAUGACCUUUGUUUCUACAAGAUGACAUUGUAGUUAAAAGCUAAAGAAACUGAGCUUUAACCUUUUUAUGGGAGUGGGUGGGCAAAUAAAACCUCUUUAAUGUUAUACUGGUGAAAAUAAUAUAUUCUGAAGAGUAUUAAGCAUCCAAAUUAUAGUUUUGGGUUUACUUGUUUAUCUUUUUUUUUUUUUUUGCAUUGUUUCCAUGACAACAAGUAUAAUCUAUUUUUAAUUGUGUGCCAUUCAGUGGUACAAUGGCAGUAUCUAAUGUAACUUUUACGAUAUGCUGAAGCCUGUUUAUAACUGGAAGUCCUGAGAUGUUGAUUAUAAACUGACUAACAAACAGGCAGCCAUACAAUCCCAUUGCUUAAAAUGAAAUUAUUUUUAAAACAUUUUAUCAUGUCUUUCACUUUAAUUUUACUAAAUUACACAAUAUUGUAAUCAAAAGUUGAAUAUGUGUCACAUAUCCCUACUUCUGUGUAUUUGAUGUAAU